AUGUCGGACGACAGCAGCUUCACAGGCUACCGGUGGUCUUACUUCGCCUCUCUCACAGACCAAACACUGCGUUCGAGGGUCCAGGACUUCAUAGACACGACAAACUGGGAUGCGCUCAUUGAGUAUGCGAACAGACUGCGGAAUGGAAAGAUCUGCAAGUUGCUGCCAGACAUCGGUCUUGGAUACAACCAUCUGGUUCGCAUCAUUGAAUUUCAAGACGAUGUGCGUUGGAUCGCCCGAUUGCGAAUGCCGCCCUUAUCUAGAACGCAGGCUAGAUCAAGCAUCAACAAGCAAAUCAUGGGAAAUGAGUACAACACGAUUCUGCUCGUCAAGCAAAAAACCAAAAUUCCUGUUCCGAGUGUACAUGCUGUUGAACUUGACACCGAAAACAUCGUGAAAGCGCAGUUUAUGUUGAUGGACUGCUUGAGGGGUAAUUCCGGGAUAGACCUUGGUAUGGAGGUCCCCAACUUCUAUAAAAGAUGCGUUUUUUCGAAAAUGGCGGAAACUCAGGUCUACUUGUCAAGGAUACAACUACCAAGAAUUGGGACUAUCCUCCGCCAAAACGAGGACGGCUCGUUCGAUCAAGGUCCCAUACCUGGUAUAGGCGGUCCUUUUGAAACAGCCACUGAAUUCUUCCAGGCGUGGGCGACCAAAGUUGAGUUUGGAAUAUCAGAAGCGAAGUUGAGAGAAGCAGCGGGUUCGUUGGCAGAUGAGCUAUCUUUCUCUGCUUCUUCCUUCCUCUCUUUAGUGAAAACUCUUGCUAGGAAUCUUUCCGUGCAAGAUAAAGGCCCAUUUCCAUUGUGCCACGGGGACUUUGGUCACAACAACAUGGUCUUUGACGACGAGUACAAUCUUUUAGGUGUCAUUGACUGGGAGGCUGCUUAUGCUGGUCCAUGGGAAAUCUUCGCCGAAUUUCCGUUGACUCUGUCACUGUUACCACCCGACAUGGAUGCACCGUGGAAUUACGACGAAAAUGGGCAUCCAAGGGAUGCGGAAAGCAUACAAAGGUAUGCUGACAGACGUGAGUAUGUUACAGCAGUUAUAGAGAAGGAGGAAGGGAUGAAUUUGCUUGAAGGAUGCCGUCUUUCAGUUGCAUUGCAAGAUUCUUGUAGGCAAGAUUUAGCUACAGCGAUGAGAUUAUACAGAAGGGGGAAGCCUGGAUGGUAUUCAAAAGUGAUUGAGAAAUUUUCUGGAGCAGUCAGCCGCUAG